AUGUUAGUUUUGAGAGGGCUUUAUAAAGAGAGUGAUGUGAAAUGCAAGAGUGAGCUUCGCGUUAAUAGAAGAACUUUCAAUAUUAUUUGUGAGAUGCUUAGAGACAUUGGGGGUUUGAGUGGAACAAAAAAUAUGUCACUUCAAGAGAUCGUAGCCAUGUUUUUAUACACGUUGGCUCACCAUAAGAAGAAUAGGUCUAUUGGACAAUAUUUCUUUAGAAGUGGAGAAACCGUGAGCCGACAAUUUUACCUUUGUCUAAGGGCUCUUCUCAAAUUACAUGAAGUAUUACUUUACAAUCCCACACCAAUAUUGGAUGAUUGUGAAGAUGAAAGGUGGAAAUUUUUCAAGAAUUGUUUAGGGGCAUUAGAUGGGACUUACAUUAAUGUAAAUGUUCCUUCACAAGAACGACCAAAGUAUAGAACAAGAAAAGGAACAAUUGCUAUGAAUGUAUUGGGUGUUUGUGCACCCAAUUUGCAAUUUAUUUAUGUUCUUCCUGGUUGGGAGGGUUCGGCCCAUGAUAUGCGUGUACUUCGCAAUGCUCUCUCUAGACCAAACGGUUUUAGGGUAACUCGAGGUAAUUAUUAUUUGGUUGAUGCGGGAUAUACGAAUUGUGAGGGUUUUCUUGCUCCAUAUAGAGGUCAAAGAUACCAUUUAAAAGAAUGGACGGAUCGACAACCCGAAAGUGCCGAGGAGUUCUAUAACAUGAAACAUGCUAGGGCGCGAAAUGUGAUUGAGAGAUGUUUUGGCCUACUUAAAGGAAGAUGGAGUAUUCUUAGAAGCCCUUCAUUUUUCCCUAUAAGAACUCAUGGACGUAUCGUGAUGGCUUGUUGCUUAUUGCAUAAUCUACUUAGAAAAUUCAUGCCUACCGAUGAUAUAAACGAAGAUGAAUUGAAUGAAUCCGAUGAUGAUUCCGAAAGUGAUUCCGAUGAUGAAAGGGAAUUUAUUACAAGUGUUGCUACUUCAGAUCAUUGGACCAAUUUUAGAAACAAAUUAGCCCAAGAUAUGUUUAAUGAUUGGAGGGCGAGAGGUAGACAUGGUCAAUAG